GCUUCGCUUACAAAAUGUCCACUCCUUAAUCAACACGUGAUGGGAAAACACAAACGCAGCGUGUUUAUUGGCGGUGAAUGAUCGUCUUUACUUGCUGGCUGUCACUGUCCGUAUUUCGCUCGCCUCCGGAGAUCACCCCCCCUCCUCUCUCCGGUGAAAUCCGCGGUGUCAGAGCGAGUGGUAGGGACUGUCAUCCCCUGCUUGGCCGCCCGGUUUUUCAGGAGAGAAGAAGUUGGGAAGGGAUGUGACUGCGAUGAUGCAGCUGAAGACCGGGGAUGCAGCGUACUACCACAGCGCUGAAUACUGCAGAAAUUACACUUCGCCGCCUGUCAGCUACGGUGACAGCAGCCAUUAUCUUGCCCGAUUGCCAGGCCCGGAGAACAUGUUGAAGCCUCCUCUGAGUCUCUUCAGCCACCCCCAGCAGCCUUUCCAACACAUGGACUCGCUGCACCAGCUGGGACCUCCGCCGAUGGCACCUACGCAGCCUCUCGGCCCUCCACCCAUUGCCCCUGCUCAGGCUAUCGGACCCCCAACUAUGGCUCCCACCCAGACUCUAGGGCCCCCUCCUAUAACUGCUACUCACACAUUAAGGCCUCCCCCUAUCACCCCACCACACAGCUUAGGCCCCCCUCCAAUGGCCCCAGCUCAGCCACUGGGUCCUCCACCAAUGCCACACACCUUAGGGCCCCCACCUGUAGAUCACACACAAGCAAUAGUGCCUCCAACCAUGGACCUCUCACAACCACUAGGGCCUCCACCUCUGACCCCUGCACAAGCACUGGUGCCCCCACCUGUAGUGGCGUCUGGAGCCGGCCGAUUCCCCCUCCCUCCCAGCCCCAUGUCGUCCCCUCCCGUUCCGGGCCCAGACCCUUCGCAGAUGCCACGGCCCCAGGGACCAGCCCUCAUCCCAGCCCCGGUGUCCGGCCUCAUCCCUGGUCAUCAUCCGGCUCAGGCAGCCCUGGUCAGCGAGCAGCCCCAGGAUGAGGGCUCUCCGCUGGGGAUGGAGGAGCAGGAGGACUCUCUGGGGCUGGAGGAACUGUGUAAACCGCUGUACUGUAAACUCUGCAACGUUACCCUCAACUCCGCUCAGCAGGCACAGGCCCACUACCAGGGGAAGAACCACAGUAAAAAGUUGAGAAAUUUCUAUGCUGGCAGUCAACAGCCACCCGCCAUUAGGAUCCCAGAAGUCCUUGAUGUGGCUGGCCAGACAGCUCUCAGCUCAGGAUCCAACGACAGUGACGCAGGCAGACAGGCGCUGUAUAAGGGUGCGACCCGGGUCAUCUUGGCCACAGAGAACGACUAUUGUAAGCUGUGUGAUGCCUCCUUCAGUUCACCGGCAGUCGCGCAGGCCCACUACCAGGGCAAGAACCACGCCAAGAAACUACGGCUCGCUGAGGCUCAGCAGAACUCCAACAACAUGGAAGGCAGCAGUGAAGCAGCCCCGAGAAGAAACAGGAAAGACGGCAGUGAGUACAGACUGGUGAAAAACCGCCGCAGCCCGCAGCUACCUGCCUCCAUGCCAGGACCGUACUACAACCCCAGACCGAGGCAGCGUAUCCCCAGGGACUUGGCCAUGUGUGUGACUCCCAGUGGCCAGUUCUACUGCUCCAUGUGCAACUGUGGCGCAGAACAGGAGACGGACUUCAGGCAGCAUCUGGAGAGCAAGCAGCACAAAGCUAAAGUGUCAGAGUUGAGAUACCGCCACGAGAUGGAGAACCUCGGCUACAGCUAAGGGACACGUGAGGAGGGGGUGAGGGGGUGGGUGGGACAGAAUAGGUGGGAAACAGAGCAAGACCAAAGUACAGGAAAGAAAAUACUGUCCCGUGUUUUAGGGACAUAUUUAAUGACAGGUUGAACCCAGAUGAACUUAAGAUCUUAUUGCAGUGCAUUUGAUAUAUUUGACUGGAACUAUAUGAAGCUAUAAUUGGAUUUGAUUAAUUUAUUUGAUGUAGUCCAGACUAAAAGAUGUACACAGUGAACAGGAACCAUGCAUUUGAGAAAAUGGUAGCUUUUUAAAAUACAACUUUCAAGAUGUUUUUUUAGGGACUUAACAGAGAUCACACAGUCCAGUUUCCUCCACGGCUUUGACCGAGUUGCAUUUUGACAGAAUACAGGCUUAUUCAAAUGAAUUGCAAGUAAAUCUUGAGCUUGUUCAGGAUACUGAGAAAGGACUAGUGGUGCACAGGGACCCAACAGAACAGGAGAGGAGACAAGCAGAGAGGCCAGAACAGGUCUCACCCUUGGGAAAACAAGCAUCACUGGGGGCAAAGUUUUUGUUUGAGACUUUAAUUUUUGGGUGUGAAUCAGCCCCACAGGUUUUUUUUUUUUUUUUUUUUUUACAGGCCCUGCAGCAGGGACCACUUAGUGACCACAGGGCGCAAAAGAGCAAAUUAAACAUCUUUAUAACCUGAUACAGGUGAUAAAACCCAAAGUACUAUUUACUAAUUUAAAAAAAAACACAAAGCACAAUGAACAUUAUCUGGUAGAAACAGUGUUACAUGAAUCUGUUAGCCUUAGCCAACCUCUUACCAGUCCUUUGGUGUGUAUCAGGCUAAAGGCUAAGCCCUGGAUGCUAGCCUUGUUUGUGCCUUUAGUGGGAAUAAGGCUAAAGAGUAAGCUUUGGCUAGCCAUUUGGUGAUAUAGUAGAAACCAAUCAGUAUUGAUUGGGUUUUUCUAUAUUCUGUGUCAUCUUUCUUCUUGUAAUAAAUCCACACAAAUCUUAUGUAAAUAUCCUCAAAUUUCAUUAUAGAUGUAAAUAUAGUAUAAUACACAUGAAUACUGUUUUAUGUUAGCUUAGCAUAUGUUGUAAAUACUCAUAAUCUAUUUAAUAAUUAUCAGGAAUCUUGUAUAAAGUGUGCACUGACUGAAUGUCUACCUAUCUGCCCCGUAUGUCUGUGUGUGGAUUUUACCGUAGGCCCUCCAUACCACUUUGGGUGGUGCCUUUGUUCAUUGAUAAAGUAACUCUGGUACCAUCCAUCUGUAGUUAAAAGCUGCUAGUCUCAUCAUUUUUGGCUGUGCAGGAGGACCACAUGCCAGGAGAGGCUGUUUCUGAAUCUGAAACUUUGUUUGAAGCAGAACACAUGCUGAAUCUUUGUCUUGACAAACAGCCAAACUGGCACUGCGAGGAAGAAAUGUGCAAACACGUUGGAAACUCACAGUGAUGCGUGCAGCUGAAAGCAUUUAACUCCAAACUUCUAAUUAGUUUGCAAAUUGCAAAUGAACAUGUGCAGAGCUUGUGGAUGUUUUCUGGUUGUAAGACAUAUCAUUUAAUUGUCCUAGUCGAUCUCAAUUCCUAGAGGGGACGUAACCAGGUUUUACUGCAGUGUGAAAAUGGCUGCAGAGGAGUGACAUGGAUUUUGUCUGGAUUUGCAGACAGAUGUGUUUUUCUGUUUUAUUGUUUACCUUGGAUGACCCAGGUCCAGCUGUUUUUCAGUAUUUAGCCCAUCCUGAAAAGAUCAGUUAUGUAACUUGAAUCAAAUUUGAUUUUCUGUUUGUUUAUUUGAUUUUCUGUUCCAGUUCAGUGGUGCUGAGCUGAACACAGUGCAGUCACAAGGCAUUUAAAGUCAUACAGUCACACUUGAAAUGAACAAAAGUGCGUACUGUGCCUUUAAUUCAAUUACAUUUGAAGAUAACAACGAAAGGGCGAAAAAAUCUACAUACUUAUCUUACCUUUUAAAUAGCUGUUUACAGAUCGAGGAUUCUUUAAUCCUUUAAAUAGACAAAAAUAUUUUAUUUAUGCCUAAAAGAAAAUACAUCUUAUGUAACAGUUAAAAGUAUUUUCCAUCUAGAUUUUCAGAUGCCAACAUGUUUCAUCUAUACAGUAUAUAAGGAUAGAGCAGAUCUGUCAUUUCCUUUAAAUUUGCUUUUCUGACUUUUCCAGCAGUAGACACACACAUGCACACACAGCCUCAUAAAUUCGGUCAAAGGCCUGAUCGGGUCACAUAAUUAGAUGUGUUAUAAAGUAAAAUGAAAGCAGCAUCCUGGCUUUCUCUGUGGAUGGUUUCAUCUGCUGUGGGGAGAGGCAGCUGUUUACAUCUAGCAUUUGUCUCUAGAGCACAAACACACACCUGAUCACACACAUGAGGACACUCAGGAGAAUAGCACUGUGAGGACAAAGUAAACUGUGGUGUUCAGGGAUUAAAACAUGAGAUGGCGGUGGUGGGAUGGGGUGGGGGAGCCAGAGAGGGAGAGACAAACAAAACACAGAAAAUAAAAUGCUUGGCUGUUUUAUUAGCCCACUCCGCUGUACGGUUUACUCAAAACAGAACAAAGAGGAGCUGAUGAAAGCAGAACUAUAACCAAAGCUGUGGGAGAGGCACAGCUAGUUGAGGAUAUCUUCCCGUUAGACAGAAUAACAGUCUGUUAAUAGCACUCCUCCACCUUCUAGAAAUAACACGCUUUGUCUUACAUGAAAGCACUGGUAGCAUAACCUUUUAUUAUGUUGACAGGCCUCUGGAUUUAUAACAAGAUUCACACUCCAGUGCAGCUACUGAACACCUUCAGCAAGUGCGUGAAAUAAUAAACUGCAGAGGAAUGGAGGGAAUGAGGAGAUUGUAGGAAAUGAACAAGCUCCUCCAGACUCGGCCCAAAGAGCCUUUAAGAUACUGUAGACAGCAGUCAGAAAACGAUUGUUUCUGUUCAGUCGUGUAUGGACCCUUUCUAGGGUUUUUGACUUAUGACUCUUUAAAAUGUGGCAAGAUCAACUUGAGACCCUUCGUCACAGGUUGAGGCCUUUAUGUGGACAUGAGUUAUGAGCAGCUGAACCAAAGAUUGAUAUUUCUUUGUCAGACUCAUGUGACCAUCUGGGCAGGCUGUGCAACUGCCACUGGGCCCCAGAUGCUAUAUACCUGGCUUUAAGGCAUUUAUUUUUUAGGUGAUAUUGUGCUCACAAGGUGCACAUUCCCACAUUUGAGGUGCGAUCAAAAAGUUAAGAGACUGUGUCGUGUACACAAGCGAGAACUGUAUCUCAUUUAAAUCUGGCUGCCAUUCUCUUCAAAAUAAUUACCAUGUGCAGCUAUACACCUCUCCCGGCGCUCCUGCCACUCUUGGACAGUUCCCUGGAAGUCCUGUUCUGUCAGCACGUCAAGCACCAUCUGCGACUCAUGCUGGAUCUCCUCCACUGUGUCAAAACUCAUCAGCUUGAAUUUCAUUUUUGGGAAGAGGAUGAAGUUGCAGGGGGACAAAUCCAGCAAGUAGGGUGGGAGCAGCAAUUGUGUUGUUGCAGCCAAAAAACUUGAGUUUUCAACUGUACAUUGCACAACAGUUCAGGUUGGUUGUGCUGACUGUCCUCCUUCAGAUGCCUCAGGUGCAGUAGAACUCAGUGUUGACAGCAUUGACAGUUAGACUGUGUGGGAUGAAUUCAUGAAUUUCGAAGACACAACGAGUAUGGUCUUAGUCGUGCUUCUAACCUGACAGCCUCGGAGACUGCAGGCUUUUCCACUGCAAAGACUGCUGUAUGGUCUCUGGGUUCUAACCCAUUAGACCCAACUCUCGUCACCCUUAACAUAAAGGUUGGGUCAUCCUGGCUAAAUUUCAUUAUGGCCUCUUCUGAAGUUUGAGGUCCAUGGUUAAAUCCCAAAUGCACAGCUGUAAAAUGUGCAUUACACAGGUCCAGAUGUUGAUAACAUGUUGUAAGUCACCAAAGUUAAUGCUGCACAGUCUUGGAUCUUUUUGAUCGCACCUUGUAUACCACCAAGUGCAGUGCUGGUUGAUUUUCUGGGUGGCUGGACAAACAAUAAAGCUGCCACGUUUGGUGAUUGCACUGUACGUAAUAGGAACUUGGGCGCAACGGGAUACAAACACAAUUUACAAAGGAUGGUAAAAAAAAAAAUAAUAAUAAUUUUGCCCCAACAGGUUAAUCCAGCCCUGUAUUUUAAGACAGCAGAGUUCCUUAAGAUUUGAUAUAAACAAGCGUUUCAGGGGAAGAAAAAGGAACAAUCAGAGAGAUGUUAUAAAACAUAAACCUGAUUUUGCAGAAACAAUUUUUUAUUUCUUAUCCAUUAAAUCAUCUUGUAACACUUAAGCCUUCACUGCUCCAAACCACUAGGCAUCUUCUUCAGCUUUUUUGUGAAAAUAUCACUACAACUACCACAUCACGGUGGUUCUAGAUAGCUUUCAUAAAAUAUCUCUGAUCCUCCACUACAGUAUAAGAGUUAGGACACCAGAGGCAACAUUAAAAUUACAAACAUUUAUGAUAAUUUGCCGCAAAGUUUCAAAGGGGAAAACUUCAACAAGUGUCAAUCUAAUGACAUUUUAAACAAGAUUAUUUCACUUGAUUCAAGAAAAACUUGAACCCAGCAGGCUUUAAUUGAAAAGAAAUUAAAUAACAUAGUAAACACAAGUUGUAGUCAGUGGAGUAAAACAUGGUGUUUUAAGCAGUUGAAAGCCAACAAAAAUCAAGAAACCACUGUGGUAAAUAAAGGCAUCUAUAUGAACAUACGGCCAGUAACUGUUAACAGCUUUAAUAUUUUGGCAAUCCGCACUUUUAUUUGCUCUGUGUUCACUGAAAUUGAACACUGUAGAUUGCAUUAAUGCUCAUUAAAAGGACUGUUUAGUUGUUGUUUGGUCUGGUAAUAUGUUGAAAUAGUUCAAAUACCUGGGGUACUUCUUCUGUUUGUUUUGUUCUAACUGUGUUUACUUGUUAAGAGACUAUAACAGUUGGUAACUAUAAUAUACUGAUAAUUAUUGGUUUCACUAUUAUUAACCAAUGCUGUUAUCUGAUUGCUGAUGUAUCUCAGCACCAUAAGUUAUAAAUUGAACUUCAGUGCUUUGUUGUAAAUGACAGAGAAGUGUUACAUAUUGCACCGUUUAAAUUGUAUCUGGUUUAUUUUGUGCAUGUCAUACUUAAUAACUGUUGAGAUGCUUCUACUAUUGAGAGAAAAUAUUACAGUGAGGAUGCUGUUCAAGAAUGUUUUGAAGAGGUUUAUAUGACUGCUUGGUUGGAAAUGUCUGUAUGCUGUGCUGAAUCUACAAAAGGGCAUUUGGAAAGAAUUGUGAUUUUGCACUGAAUAUAAAAAGAAAAGAAGAAAAUUAUGCUACCACACGUUGUUUAGUUCAAGUGAACACUUUGCUACCAUUGUCAUCAUUUGCCUCUCAAUGAGUUUUAUCCUAAUGUUUACAAGGUUGAGAAGUUGAAGCUGUUAUGGAUGUGUAUCAUAUUUGUAAUUUGUGUGUUUAUCCAUGUGUUGCACUGUUGGACUGAUCAGACCAGGGUAGAUGGGCAACACUGUGAGGUUAAGUAGAAAAAAACUAACACUAUAACCUGUGAAAUUUAGCACAGAUUAUUCCAUUACUGCAGUUAGAUUAGACACCACUUAUCUGAUUUUGAUGAAACAAAGAGAUGGUGGAUCUUGUAAAAUUUGUUAUUAAUGUAUGUUUGGCACAAAGUUUGCAUCAAAAACAUGCUGACAUGCAAACCUCUGGAAGAGGGAGUGAAUUUUGAUUGAAGCAGUUUAAAUCACAGACAAUAACUAGUCAUUUUUAAAAUGAGCCAAAUGUUAAUUACUAAGCUGUAAAAGUGCUGGGAGGCUGAUUUUUUUUUUUACUUUAAAGCAACACUAUGUAACAUUUGCUAAGCAACAGCGCCCUCUGCAGCCACAAAUGAUAAUUCAUUCUGUUUGGCUCCAAGUCUGAGCGGUUAAGUGGUUUUCAUGUACAGAAAACAAAGCCCGCUAAUCACUUGACCACAGCUCCAACUGCAUAGUCCCAUGCACUGAACUGAAACAAAGCCGAAAAGUGUAUAUUCAUCAUGAUCCCCAGCUGUAGGAGUAGGAAGUGCUGUAGCAAACAUGCCAAACUGUGUUUACAAUUCUUGCUAUUUUCAAAGUUUCCUCACUAAAUAUCAGAGAUGAAGUCUUUGUAACUGAGCUACAGUUUGGCAUUACUCUUGAACUUGCUGGGCCUGAUUCCAGCAGUUAAAGCCGCUGACUCUCACUCAAGGUACGCUCACUCUCUCAAUCAAACCUGCACAGUUAGCAAAACAAUUGUUCAGAGCAUGAAGUGGGAAUUACAAAGGCACCACUCUCCUCAUUAAAAGUCAGUGUACCAUCAAAAUUAUUUUAAAGCUGUUAUUUUAAAGUGAAAUAAUUGCAUAAUGUUGCUUUGUGGGGAGCUCGGCUAACUGAAUCUCCAUGCUUCCAGUGUUUAUGCUAAGCUAAGCUAAUCAUUUCUUGGCUCUAGUCCCUGCCAGAAAGAGAAUAGACGUAUUCCCCAAAAUGUUUGCCUGUAUACACUGUAUGUGACUCUUCACAGCAGCUACAUUGGUUUCUAAUGUUUUUACUCAUUCACAACAUAUAGAAUAGCUUAUGGUUGCCUCACAUAAAAGCCCAUGUGUCCUGGUCUGCAGACUGAGUCAGUCUUGUACACUGACAGAAUUCAGGACCCCCUCCACCUCCAUCUACUGUUAGGGGCCCCAAACCUCCUAGCAGUGCCCCUGCAGGACAGUAUCUACAUACUCCUGUACUCUCUGUGAAAACCUCAGCACACUUUCAGUGCCUCUGAACAAUGUUGCCAAUACACCACUGACUGACUGACUGAAUGGAUGCCUGGACGACUGAUCUUACUGAUUUCUGAGGCUGUGUGUGUGUGCGUGUGUGUGUUUUCUGAGAGAUGAAUAAACGUGCAGAUGAUAUAAAUAAC